GCAGUUGAAGGUAAUGAAAAAAUUCCGCCGGAGGGACAUCCUGUGACUCCCAAAGAGAAUUCCAGGUGGGGAAGGACCGAGAAGUCAAAAAGUGGCGCACCUGCAAAAAACCAUUGGCCACCCACCAAGAAAACAUCCUUGGUUGAUCUAAACCUGGUGGGAAAAGUGGGUUGUUAACAAUUGGGAGCAAAGGUAGGAAAGGUGACAUCAGGCCACUGGAGUAGCGUACCGAGUCUCUUCUUGUAGACCAUGGAACAAAAUCAGACUGAGUGUCCUAGAGCAGGGGAAGCCAUAGAAGCGUUGAUGUCGCAGUAGGGGCGCAGUUAGGUAGUUCCAGCAGGACCCAGAGAGGAACAUCAGAGGAAGCGU